AUGAACAAUCACUCUACAGAGAGGAACGGAUCAACAAACAAUCCAAUACAUUCUCCCAACUUUGCUUUGGCAUUGAUGCUUGCGAUAAAUGUUGUUGGAGUUCUUGGAAAUGUUCUCUUAAUCGUGGCACACGUUAAGGAUCCUUUGAGAGUUCUAAAAUCUCCAUCUUCGCAUUUUAUCCUCAGUAUAGCUUCGGCGGACGCGCUACUGUCAGGCGUCUUUAUGGUAACCACGGCCUUUACUUUGGCCUCUAUCAACACAUAUUGGGAUUGGGAUACCUCUUAUCAUAGUUCUAUCUUUUUGUUACUCUUACUAACAAGUCUGCUCUAUUCUGCGUUAUUUGCGUCCUACCUAAGCCUAGCUGCUGAACGAUUUUUAUCGGUCGCUUAUCCGUUAUGGCAUCGCGUGCGGGUAACAACUAAGGUUUGUCGAUAUUGGGUAAUUGGACUAUGGCUAGGGCUUGGUGGGUUCAGACUAAUAGAUUUUGCUCUGACGCGAAUAAAGGAAACUUUAACUACAAUACAGUCGCAGUUGACUCUUAUAGUUUUUAUGUGCAUACUGCUGAUGCUAACACUAUCUGUUUACAUUGCAUCAUAUAUUUCAAUAAGAAGACAAAGAAUGGAACUCCAAAAUAGAACCAGUAUGAGCGAAGUAACUAUCAGGACAGCUCAAAUCCGCCUGGAAAAUGAAAAGAACUUUCUUGUUACAAUUGCAAUUGUCUGCCUCGCACUGGCUGCAACUGUUUUACCAUUUCUCAUAAUAUCUUUCGUUUCUUUGGUCGAAGUUACGAACAGAUUGAAGGGAGAUGAUAGUAAAAUUGUUGUACCAUCCUACGCUCACUGGGGUUUAUUAUUAAUAGGUUUAAAUUCAGCUGCAAAUGUGUUCGUGUAUCUUUGGCGACUUCCGAAAUACAGAAAGACAUUCAAGAAACUUUAUUGCGACUGUUGA